AUGCAAAUUAACAACGAAUCUGAGUGGGUUGACGUGGAAAGUAAUAACGAUAAACGUAAUGAAUUAGACGGAGGCAUACAGAGUUCGAAAAAAGCCUUAAUUCAAUAUCCAGAACAAUUAGAAGCCUGCUUAAAAGACAUAAAAACUUUCGAUUUUUCGCAAUUUAUUAUUAACAUCGAAGCAAUUGGACAUGGAGCGUCUUCAGUUCGUGCAUGUCUGGAUGAAAUUUUAAUUGAACUUGAGAAACUAUCGUCAGAAACAGCUGAAGUUGAAUAUAUUACCAAUCAAGUAAAGCAGCUAGUUUCUCCACUUACUCGUUUCAACGAACAGGAUGAUACCAAAAUCUCUGAAAACCGGACACAAACUUUCAACGAUUUGAUUAAAUUAAAAUUAUCAGAUGAGGCAAGAGCCAAAUGGAUUAAUUAUCAGUUCGGAGGUGCACAUUCACUUUUCCAUGCAAUUAGAUUAGGUUCAAAUUUUAUUAAUAUACCUGUUGUUAAAUCAAUGAUCGCCAAUAAUGCCAUUAUCACUAGAUACUUUAUUCAAAAACUGUCUCUUCAGUUUGAAAAAAAUGGACAAAACUUUAUUGAACCGAAAUUGGAUCAUGAUGUUAAUCUUAAUAGUUCUCAAGAUUCUAGAAUGUCAUGGGCCAAUAACUUGCAAGAUCACAUAUUUUAUUAUUUAUUAAAUAUCGCAGAGAGCCAGAUCAUUCCAAAUGUUGAUAAAAUAGUUGGUCGACUUAAUGAGCUGAUAAAUAUUGGAUUUUCAUUAGAUUAUAAGGUUAUUGGAGAUAUUUUGAAGCUUUAUGAAAAGAAAUUAUGUUAUAUUGGAAAUACAUUGAUCGAAGCUUUUUAUUUGGUUAAAAAGGGUUCAAAGAAUGAGUUGCCAAAAAGAGAAUUUUUAAAUAAAUGUUUGAUUGAAGCUUUGGAUUCCAAUAGAGGGUUUAAAGAAUUGGAACCUUUUAAUCUUUUGUAUUUACACAUUGACAAUAAUCACGAACAGAUGUUUUCUGAUGCGAUGAAUUUUCAUCUUAAAAAAAAACGAGAUAAUAUAACCUGGCGUACCAAUAAUGAUAUUUUCAAACCAUUAGAAUUCUCCUCCGUAUUUUAUAACUGGUGUUUACAUAACUUUCAAGAUACAUAUAUAACAGAUUGGUGUUUUGAAGAUAUUUUAAAGACUAGAAUAAGUAUAGAUAGGUAUUAUCAAAAGAAUCAUAUUGGUUACGAUCCAAAUACAUUCAACGAUGUGUGCGAUAUCUUUAAAACAUAUUGUAAUACAAAUAAUUUCUAUAAACCUUCGCAUUUGAAAUUAAUUUCUCAAGCAACUCAUGCGGAUAUAUUUGGAACAUUAUUUGAUUAUUACUUACUUACUCUAUUUGAUAUUCCAACUGCAAAUGCAUCAAGAAAAAUAAAUAUAUACCGGGGCGACUCCUGUAAAAACAUUAUUGAUUGGUAUAAACCACUGGUUACGGAAUUGCAUGUCGAUAGUUAUGAUAUAAGUGAGAGAGAAAAUAAAAAAUCUGAAUGGAUUAAUGAAUUAGAAAAAAUUCAAUAUGAGCUAUUGUAUGAUCCAAAUCACUUGGCAGCGACAAGUAAAUUUUGGCAAUACGUGAAUGAGUUCUGGGAAAAGUUUAACAAGGCAAAAGAUAUUAUUAAAGACGCCAAUGGUCAUGCUAAUAUACGUGACAAGUCGUAUGAUUCCAGAGAUUCUAACGCAUGA